UUAUACCAGUUGGUACCUUGUCGUCUUCAGAGACAGUUCGUGAAAUUAAAUCACUGUUUACAAAUUGAUUCGGCUUCCUAAGUUCCUAUUAGAGUUUCCAAAAAUAUUUGUGAGUCACAUAAAUUGCCGGCCGGCGUCUUCUGAAAAAAUCCUGUUCCUUCUCUUCACCAUGAAUAUUCAAACGAGACUUUUUGAUUCCAAAGAGCUUGGAAUGUCUUAUGAGAAUAUUGAUUCUUCAGUUGACCACGAUUAUAAUCACAAUCAUCAUAAUUAUCUGCCUAAAUUAUCUCAUAUAUUUAAUAUGGACGACGCUUGCACACUUGUUAAGCAUUUACGAAAAAUCUCUGUAAGCAGUUCGUCUUCUCUAGAAUCUUCAGUCGAAAAUAUGCCACAGACUCAACCAACCUUUCCGCAAAUGGUAACACCGAUUCCUAUCCAACCAAUUCGGCCUGAAACUCCUCCAACGAGUGUCUGCCAAUAUCAUCCAAACAUCGCUAGUUUUUACUGUUGGCUGUGCAAACAACCUUAUUGUGGAGAAUGUGGAAUCUAUACUCAUUCUGGACAUCCCGCAACGAUGCUCCACCAUGAAAUCAAAAAAGCCACUGCGAAAUCGAAUAAAAUGAUGAUUGAUAUUCAUACUCUAUUAACAACAGUCAAUAGUAACAUUCAGUGUGUGAAGGAAGCAAAGGUGUCCCUCAGAAGCAAAGUACAACAAGAGAAGUCUGAUUUGAUGAGUGAAUUCUACCUUGCUAAGAGAGCCCUUGAUGACAGGUAUCAAGCUUUGUUUGAAAAACUCAACAAGUCAACAAAUCAGCGAGUCCAGCGAUUGUUGAAAAGAGAACAUACUCUCUUAAGCGGACAUAGAGAAUUAAGUGAAUUGUUAAACAAUCAACACAGAGCGCAAAAGAACACACUGGUGACACGCAAUCCUUUGUCACUCCUGAUAGCAAAUGACGUAGCAAGUAGAUCAACCUUGCGAAUUGAACGUGACUGCUGGGACCACAUGGUACCAUACGAAUUGGACAAUUUGACUUUCGACACAUCAGCAAAGUCAGUACUUGACGCUAUUUCCGAUUGGGGACGCACUAGGUGCAUUCUCAAACCUGGAGCAAUCGGUGAUAAGAGAAUUUUAAGAGGACCUCCAGAUCCAAAUGAAAUUUCUCCUUCCCUUCUUCAAAAUCCUUCUGGGAGGCCAGUUCACGGAUGUCUGAAUUCAGUAGUUGUCUGGACAGAACAAAGUCAAUCGUCAAGAGGUGAACGAUCACCAAUCAAACUUAUUGGUGGCGUUGACAAAAUGCUUGCUGAUGGGAGCACUCUCAACAGACCUUGGGGUGUCACCUGCGACAGGAAUUCCAACAUUCUCCUUGCUGAUAGAUCCAAUCAUCGGAUCCUGGUUCUCAAAGAAGAUGGAACCCUCAUCCGGAAAUUUGGAGAAGAAGGUACUGGACCAGGUCAGUUCAACAGACCCGCGGGAAUUACAGUGGAUGCUCAGGGUCGAAUUGUUGUUGUUGAUAAGGACAAUAACAGGGUUCAAAUCUUCACAUCCGAGGGUGGCUUCCUGCUUGAAUUUGGGAGAAAGGGAGCUGCCCCUGGACGUUUUAACUGCCCCUGGGAUGUGGCCACGAACAGUGCUUGCGAGAUUGUUAUCAGUGAUACCAGGAACGACCGGAUUCAGCUCUUCAGUCCUAGUGGACAAUUUCUGAGGAUGUUUGGAGGAUUCAAAAUUGACAAGUCCACAUGGUUCAAGUCUGCACGUGGGGUCGCUUUCCGGCCAGAUGGUUGUGUCGUUGUCACGGAUAUGAAGACUCAUGACAUUAUUCGGGUUGACCCUGAUUUUACAACUGCGCAAUCGUUGCCAGUUUUUAAAGAGUAUGAGUCGUUAUACAGACCUCAGGGAGUGAUUGUUGACGAUGAAGGUAACACGAUAGUCUCUGAUUCGAGAAAUUGUUGCAUUCGAGUUUUCGAUAAGAAUGGUGUUUUCCGAAGCCAACUUGGAACAGAAGGAGUUGGUCCUGACCAAAUUGACAAACCUUAUGGAAUUUCUUUGCUUCCGGAUGGUCGGGUUGUUUUUGUUGACUCAGGCAACAAUCGUAUUGUGAUCCGUUGAAUUGAAGUUUUUUUUAUAGACGUCUGGAUUUUUAAAUCAAUUUGUGGUUGAUUCAAACAAUAGUCAUUAAUUAUUUGCAAUCUUGUAUUCAAGAUUUAAAAAAAUGUAUUCUUAGGAAAUAUUUUUAAUGGAGGCUUUUUACGAAGAAAUUUUUUAUCAGAACGUCGUUGAUUAAUGUAUUAGUGUCUAAACUUUAUAGUCUCAUCAAAGGUUGCAAUGCUGUUUUUUUAGUGGAUUUGAUUUAUAUUGUAUUGUAGUUAAUCGUAUUGUUUAUAAGCUUUUAUAUCUAUUAAUCUUAUAAGAUUUUAAAAUAAUUUACAUCUAUUGACUAUAUUGGAACUGAGGUUGUAAAAAUCUAAUCAAUUCCCCGUUGAUUAUGACGUAAUCUAUGAAGAAAAAAAUUGUCAAUAAUAAAUUUCAAAGUGAACUGAAA